UAAUUUUGAAAGCCUUUAGUGACAUUGAUUGGAUAGAAAACGAAUUUAAAACAUUUUUUUCUUAUUUUAAAGAUAAUGGAAGGUAUUCUUUCAUAUGACAGUGACAGUAGUGAUAAAAGUGAAACACCAGAAGGUGAAAAUGCUGCUGCAGAGCUAUUUUCACAUCUCAAACCAAUAGACAAAUCUAACUCCGUUUCCAAUACGAUAGCGUUGAACUCAACUCCUGUAGUUGUCCCAACGGAGGAUACAAGUGGUUUGCGACAUUUAGAUCCGAAGAUAAAAGAAGUGAAAUACAACCCAAAAUAUGAUGAAUUAUAUGCACCACAGAUUGGACCAACUAAUCCGUAUAAAACACAGCAAUUUUCUGCUACAAGAAACAGUCUGGCAGGGUAUGUAGAAGAUGCACAUGUUAACAACUUCACAUUUGAAAAUCAGAGAAAAACAUUUCACAGUUAUGGUUAUGCAAUAGAUCCUACAGUAGAUUCCGAAGUUCCAACAGAAGAUAAAAUGCUUGGUGACAAAGAGGCAUUUGAGGAGAAUAAAGGACUGACAGCUUUUGAGAAGGGCAAGAAACGAGAAGAAGAUCGAAGGAAAAGACUUCGGAAUGAUAACCCGUCAGAUAUAGAGGGAUUUAUAGGACCAUGGGGGAAAUUUGUUGAUGAACAGACUGUCAUGAAACCAAAUGAGGAGGAAAAGGCAGAGCUUGAUGAGAUUCUUGCGAAACGAGCAAAAACUGGGAAACAAGUGGAGGAGAAGUCAGCGGAGGAGAAAACAACAUUACACAUCAAAGAUGCAUAUGAUUACCAAGGACGUUCAUUUUUACACAUACCUCAAGAUGUUGGCGUUAAUCUCAAGUCUGAGUACCCACCAGAAAAAUGUUUUAUACCAAAGAAACUUAUACAUACCUGGGCUGGACAUACAAAAGGUGUCGCACAGAUUAGAUGGUUUCCUAAGUCAGCACAUUUAUUAUUAUCAGCCAGUAUGGACAGCAAAAUAAAGAUCUGGGAGGUGUAUAAUGAUAGACGGUGUGUGAGAACUUACCUGGGUCACAAACAGGCUGUGAGAGAUAUUAAUUUCAACAACAGUGGUACAGAGUUUCUCAGCUGUGGUUAUGACAGAUAUUGUAAAUUGUGGGACACUGAAACAGGAGAGUGUAAAGGAAGAUUUACGAGUAGAAAAGUUGCAUAUUGUGUUAAAUUUCAUCCUGAAGAAGACAAACAACACUUGUUUGUGGCUGGUACCUCGGACAAGAAAAUUAUUUGUUGGGAUAUCCGGUCAGGGGAAACAGUUCAAGAAUAUGACAGACAUCUUGGUGCAGUAAACUCUAUAACAUUUGUUGAUCAAAACAGAAGAUUUGUCUCAACUUCUGAUGAUAAAAGUUUAAGAGUUUGGGAAUGGGAUGUUCCAGUAGAUUUUAAAUAUAUUGCUGAUCCUUCUAUGCAUUCUAUGCCAUCUACGACUUUAUCACCAAAUGGUAAAUGGUUAGCUUGUCAAUCAAUGGACAAUAAGAUCUGUGUGUUCAACGUUUUAAACAGAUUUAAAUACAUGAGGAAGAAAACAUUUACUGGUCAUAUGGUUGCUGGUUAUGCUUGUGGUGUUGAUUUCUCACCUGAAAUGACAUACUUGAUAUCAGGGGAUGCUGAUGGAAAAUUAUAUAUCUGGGACUGGAAAAGUACAAAAUUGUAUUCCAAGUUUAAAGCCCAUGACGAUGUAUGUAUUCAGGCAAUAUGGCAUCCACACGAGACAUCUAAAGUAGCUACAGCUGGAUGGGAUGGUGUUAUAAAAUACUGGGACUGAGAUAUUGACCUAGAUAAUGUACAAUACACUACACCAUUGUCAAUGAUGUUUUAACGGGCAGCAUGAAGAAUAUGAGCAAAGUUUACAAUGUUAUACCAUCACACUUGUUUAAUGAAAGUGCAGAAAAGUGAGAAAAUUUGUAUAGACAUCGGGUUAUACUUGCACAAGUUAAUAGAGAGCUGAACAAUAACAAAAUCUAUGAUGUUUUCUUUAAAGCUUCUUCUAUUAUACAUGAUAUGUUAAAGCUAACCCAUGAUAGAUUACCGGUUCCAUACAUUUGUAUAUAUGCACCUGACAUCAUGUUUAAUGAAGUUUAUAAACAAACUUUGUUACAAUUAAAUAAAUGUUCACGUACUUAA